CAUAUACAUAAUCAUCGCGAUCUCAUCUCGAAGUGCAUCAACUGUCGAUACGAUGAUGAAGCCAGUGCAACCUACAGGGUUAGUCGAGGGCAAAGCAUAUCUGCCUCUGGGGAAAUGGUUUAUAAUCAAGGCCGGGUGUAUGAUUUAUCGUUGUAGAUUCAGGUUUGCAAGUGAUGACACUACAUAUUCCCAAUUUUUGCUCAACUUCGAGGAUGAAGACGAACUUCAAAUGGAAAUGCGGGUUGGUCUCGCAGCAUUGGUGAAUAGCAACUUCCAUCUUACACGAAUGUUAACAAGCAACCUGGAGAUGAUCGUCGUUAUUCGCAAACCUUGCCCGAAGGUUGCAGCUAAAGCAUUUCGGUGGCAAAAACCAGAUCAUCAUGGCAGCUUGGUUUCAGUGCAAUUCGUAUUGCAAAUCAGUCAUCGCACAACUACGUGAGUAUAUUCUUUGUCGACUUCGCGUACGAAUUGAAAUUAAGAGCUUCAUUCAUUUAGCUCUCGUCUGUUGCGAGUAAUUAGCUUACGCUCCGCUGUCCUGUCCUUUACAAUAUAAUUAGAGGGCAAAUUAAGCAUAGCGUUCCGGCCAUGCCUCAAAAAUUGGCAUCGGAUUCUGCACCUGUCGUAAGAAUGUUCGAUGAUGACCCAAUUAAAGCAAAUAGUUCUGGAAGCUCGGACUUAACAGCAAAUUCUACAAUGAUGGUAGACCAUGGUGAAAAGAAAUUUCGGAAGGGCUUUUGCGAAAUUACCGCAGCAAUGGAAAGCUCUCGUAGGAGGAUCGCAGAGACGAUGUCAAGCCUUCGGAUGAAUGAGUUGAUCAGCACAGCUUCGACUUUCCACAUGCGCCCAACGGACACACACAAAAGCUGCGAAAUACCCAUCCUGUUCUACCCUGGAUACCCAUGCUGUUCCACCCUGGAUAGAGAGCAGUGCAAGCUACGACUGCGGUAGGGUUAUGAGAGCACCCUCAAAUCAACAACCAUCGAGCAUGGGCAGAUCAACUGCGCGAGCUGAAUCAGCAACGCCAGGUGCGCAUGGAGGUAGCUGAAUCAGCAGACCUUUAGAAUUUGCUAAGGAACUCGACAAAAGUUUUACUGAGAGCGUUGGAGAUAUCACUGGGAGACUUGAGAAUGGUUGGCGAAAGUUUUCCCCAGUAGUGCUACGUGAGAGAUCUAUAAUCUCGACAACAGUUUUAAAGUAUCGCUGAGAAUGCGUUCACAUCUAUCGUGUGUGGCUAGUACAGCUGGGCAAACAUAAGCUCAACAUAAGUUUUUAGCCGUCGUCUUCACUCGGUAAAAUUCUUACAGAGUACCAGCUUGGAGCUCACACACCAGGCGUGUUUGAGGUAUGUUUGUGUACCUUGAUAGUCCCGAGUAUUCUAUGGAAGGUUAAAGAGGUCCACGGGUAACGCGUGUGUAUGCGAGAACGCGCAUAGCUACAUGAAUGAAGGCGAGCAAGACCUCUACGAGCUACCGUCAGGUUGAAGUUCAAAUGAGUGAGGGAGCUCAUAUUCACGUGUGACGAGGCAAAAUGCUAGAUACCUUUAAUCGACUUUUACAACAGCUCCAUUCACGAGGGCAAUACCUUCGCAUCCUCAGUGAGAAUGAUGCCGUGCAAAAUUCGAAUAUAAGAGUUCAUGACAUGCUUGAUAUUAUAUACACUCCCUGGAAGCUGACAGGCGUAAUGAGAAAUACCAUGGAAUUCUCCCGACUAGGACCAUAUACUGUGAGUUUUUGUAUGUACCAAUUACAACAGAUGAAUCUUAUAGUAAACUGCUAGUCACAAAUGAGUCAAGGGCAGCCCGACGUUGAUGCGGACACAGGCUAGUCUAGAGCGAGCCUUGCUUGAAUUUUGGUUAUCGGAAGGACCGUAAUAUUAUCAAUCCACGAAGCAGUGAACCUAAUCAUAUUAGACUGUGGCAACAUCACUGAAAGUAUAAAUAGUGAUGAAGGUG